GACAAUAGAGAGCGGCUCCAGGGACGGUCAGUAGCGGGGAGACAGUGACACACAGACGGAAGGUUUCUGCCUCAGCACCGCGGAGGAGAAGAAAAUACAACAACCGGGAGACCUGCGACAUUUCCCCCCCGACGGAGAGUCAGCUGGUGUCCGGAUGCACUGACGGACAGUGAAUGCGGCACGUUGUGAAAGGAACAUUCGUCUCCAGACCCGUCCUCGGCCCCGGCCCGUCCCCUCCGCAACAAUGAACUCCUCCUCGCCACACGGCUCCCGCGCCUCCAUCGACAUCCUGGAGGAACUCCAGCUGAUUGCGGCGCAGAACCUGGAAAAACUGGACAUCAACAAAUACUAUGAGGUCGUCUGUGAACUGGGGAAGGGCACCUACGGGAAGGUGGACCUGGUCAUCCACAAAAUCAGAGGCACGAAAAUGGCCCUGAAGUUUCUGAGGAAGAAGACGACGAAGCUGAAGAGCUUCCUGAGGGAGUACAGCAUCUCGCUCUACCUGUCGCCCUGCCCCUUCAUCAUCAACAUGUACGGCAUCGCCUUCGAGACCGACGAGUACUACAUCUUCGCCCAGGAGUACGCGCUGGCGGGAGAUCUGUUCGACAUCAUCCCUCCACAGGUGGGACUUCCUGAGACGGUGGCGAAGCGCUGCGUCCACCAGGUCGCCAUCGCCCUGGACUACCUGCACUGCAAGAAGCUGGUCCACAGAGACAUCAAACCCGAGAACAUCCUCAUCUUUGACAAAGAGUGCCGGAAGGUCAAGCUGUCGGACUUUGGCAUGACGCGGCGCGCCGGCUCUCCGGUGAAGCGCGUGAGCGGCACAAUCCCGUACACGGCGCCCGAGCUGUGUGACACCUCGCGACACGAGGGCUUCUGCGUGGACUACAGCACAGACGUGUGGGCGUUCGGCGUGCUGCUCUUCUGCAUGUUGACCGGGAACUUCCCCUGGGAGAAGGCCAUGCCCAACGACGCCUUCUACGAGGAGUUUGUCCGCUGGCAGCGCCGCCGGACGGGCACGGUGCCGUCGCAGUGGCGCCGCUUCACUGACGAAGCUCUACGAAUGUUUCGUAGGCUCCUCUCCAUCGAGCAGGAGCGCCGCUGCUCCGUCAAAGAAGUCUUCAGCUACUUCAACCAGUGCUGGAUGCUGGACACGGAGAACGGGAACAACGGCGGCGGCGGCGGCGGGGGAUUAGCGAGCAACGCGCCUCCUCUGGACAUCAGUUCGUCCUCGUCCGAAGAGGACGUGUUAGUGGACAGACUGAAGCAGCAGAGCCUGUCGCCUGCGUGCGUGGUGGCGAAGGGGAGCAUCAUGAUGGACACCCACUACUCCUCCAUGUCCGCCAACAGCUCGCCGUCGUCCACCGGCAGCUACGAGCGAGUCAACAGAGAGAACAAUGAGAGAGGGCGCAUCCUGGUGGCCACGCCCAUCGAGAUCUGCGUGUAGAGGCGGCCGACGCGGCGUUACAAGGGCCGCCUGCUCGUACACACACACACACACACACACACGUGAUUAAAAGCUGCUGUGAGCUGAAGAGGAAGAGUUUCUCCUGAGUUUGAGGAAGAGGAGGAAAAAGUGCGGCGACUUGGUGCUCGGCGUCAGGAAUCAACCGUCUGACAUCCGUUGUAGCUUCACUGUGGAUUCACUCAUUUCUGGUGAAGACGAACUCUGAAGGAAAUGACCCGAGAGACGUUCACAGACCUCCUGUAAUGUGGUUUAUUACGGAAAUAACAACCGGACGACCUUUAAAUCAAUAAAAAUAUUUAGGGGGGAAUUAAAAGAAAAAGAAUCAAUCCAUAAGCAAUAUUCAAUCGUUUGGAUUAAUCAAUGCAAAAAUAAUCUGUGAAGAAGAAGAUGUGCUUUCAGUGAGACCGACGGUACUAUUGUGUGUUUAUUGUCGUGUGUCAUUUUACAUGUUCGGUAGAAACGUUUCUGUAAAAGUGUUUUUUUUUUUAAAUUUGGAGUUAAAUUAUUUAUUUAUAUUUAUAUAUAUAAUUUGUUUUAUCCAGUGACACCCAGAGAUCUUUUUAAAUAUUUAAUUGUUCGACAUCUUUCUUUUAAAUAUUCGCCAUCAUGUCGUCGUGAUCUCCCAUAAAAGUAGACGUAGACUGUUUCUAUCACCCGAAAAUGUCCUUUUCAUGUUCGCCUGUGAUGCCUAAAACCCACAACUGUACAGUAGCAACCGACAACGUGAGCGGCUGAAUUUAACGUUAAUUUUAAUUAAUUUAAUCUUCUUCCAACCAGUCGUCUCAUUAAACUGCAGUGAAACGCUGCUGCAGCCCCCGUUAUCUUAAAACUGAUCACAUAUAAUCAGGACAAAUAACAGAAAAACGUACAAAAGUAUCACGAAUAAUCCUCAUUUUUCUACUUGCAUGGUUAAUAGAGAAGAUUUACCUUUAAUUGAGAAGUUAAUUAGCGACGUUUAUUUGGACUUUUCUCAGUAAAAAUAAGAUAAUUGAACAUGAGGAUUUAAGAGAGAUUAAAAUUCAGUAUUUUGGAUGUUUUAUUCCAUUGUUUGCUGUAUAAAUCAGAAAGUUAAACCCUGACAGUGUGAGACAGGAUGGACUCAACAACAAACCAACAACAAUAAAAAGUCUUUUUGGAUUUUGGGGGAUUAAAAUAUUUCUUUUGUGUUUUUCAGAAGUAUUGCAUGAAGUGAUAUUACUGUGGUGAAUACUUGUUGAAAUAAACACCCCGAAGUGAAAAA